AUGGCCUUCGAGUCCGCGGUCCGCAUGCCGGGCGCUUUCCAAGCAGACGGCAUCCAUCACGGCCUCUUCCGCCCCCCCGUCUCCUCCGCCUCGCCCUCCGCAUACCUCGCCACCGCCCGUACCUUCCCUGCUAGCAUCGACGCCGUCACCCCGAAGCGCAGGCGAAACCUUCGCAGCGGCGGCGACACUCCCUGGCGAGCCGACCUAGACGACGACGCCGCCCCCGCCAACAUGCUUGGCUCUCCCGCCACCAUCCUGCCGCGCCAGCCCGUCUACGCACUCGCCGGCCAGCUCGACACCCCCGGCAGCGGCCUCGACGACAGCGGCGUCCUCGGCGAGAGCAUGUACUCCGACUCCAACUACCGCAGGGCUCUCGGCUCCAAGCGGCCCCGCCAAGACGUCGACAUGCCCGACCCUAGCCGUCCUACACCCCUUUUCUCCCUGCCAGACAAGCCCGCCCCCCCGCGCACCUGGAGCGCCGCCGCCUUCACCACCAUCGGAGGCGUCGUCGGCAAGGUCUGGGAGUUUUGCAGGGCCGGUGCCUUUCGCGGCUUCUACGCCGGCGGCGGACGCGGUUACGACGUCAAUGUGGGCGACCAGAGCGCCUUGGAUGCCUCUCGGUGCUCCGGCGGACAGGCUGACGAAUGGCGCCUGUCGGAGCGCUUUCCCCACGCUAUCCAUCGCUCCUCCAUCCCGAUGUGCAUCGCGGACAGAGACCGGCAGCUGGACGACGACGAGGCAGCGUACGCCGACGAUACGAGGGCAUCGACCCCCUCGGCGCCGGCGGCGAAGCGGAGGCAGACGGCACCGACAGACGAGAUCGGCCGCAACUGGGUCAUGGUCAAGGAGCCCCGCGCAGGCGACCGGCGGCAGUCAUGCCAACGCCCGCUCACCCGGACCCGCCAUCACGGCCCGCCCGGCGCGACUACUCGCCGCAUCAGCACCCCAAGCUCGCGCAAGGCAUCCGACUUGGCUCCUCGCCGGCAGUCGAGCCGCCUCCACGCCGCGGCUGCUCCGUCUCUACCCGUCCCCGAACCACCCCGCUCUUCAUCUUCGGCAUCCUUUGCCUCGCCGCGCUCUGCCUCGCCCACCAAAAAGGCCAGCUGCAGCAGAAUAGCGCUCGCCACAAGUGCCAGCGUUGCCUCCCCUCCGUCUCACGGGCACGCGCACCGCCGCUCCGUGCAUGCGUCGCCGGGCCACGCGACGCUGUCGCACCGCCGCACGCAUAGCAACGCGUCGACGGCCUCGAGCCGGGCGGGGGCAACGGCCGUCGACGAGCUCAACGCGAGCCCGAGGCUCAACGCCGAGGCCAAGCAGCUGGCGGCCCGCCGCAAGAUGGAGGAGCACGACGCCGACGUGCGCAUCGAGGCCUUCAACAAGCGCCUGCAGGACAUGAUUCGGCAAGGCAAGGAGGCGCUGGGGACGAGCAUUGAGAUUGCGGGCGGCGACGGGGGGUGGGAGGACGAGGAGUGA